GAAAAUAACAACAAAAACAUUUUCGUGAAAAUAAAUAAAAAGAAAAAUAAGGAUUUAAUAAGUGCUUUCGUAACUUGUUUUAGCAAAACCUACAUGUAAUAACUCAUUCGCUAAUAGUCUGACUUAACGUGCCACGAUGUCGCUAGGAAAAUUGAAUAAAAAGUUGAUUUUAUUGGGAAGAAAUUUUUGCUCGAAAUCAGAUCCUUAUUUUAUCCAUAAUGAAAGAAACAACUGUGGAGUCCUUCAACUCUAUCGGCCAAAAGCAUUGAAUGCUAUUAAUCGAGACACUUUCAAUAAUCUAUACGUACUACUCAAUGAGCUUCAGAACCGCAAUAAUCUCGUCAUAUUUAAAGGCAACGAUAAGAUCUUUUCAUCAGGAGGUGACAUUAAAGAGCUCGUACAGUUUACUUCCAUUGAUCAAGCAAAAGAAUAUUAUCAACAUCCAUUAAAUCUCUUCCGUUUAGUCCAUAACUUUAAGGUUCCAUUUAUUCCACUCAUGAAUGGAGUAUGCUUUGGUGCUGCAUCAAAUUUAACUGUUGCUGCCAAGAAAUAUCGAGUUGCGACUGAAAAGACAGACUUCGCGAUGCCUGAAGCCAAAAUUGGAUAUGUCACAGACAAUGGAUCAAGUUACUUCCUUUCAAGAGUUCCACGAAAUAUUGGAUAUUAUAUUGCAUUGGCUAGUCCACGUAUCAAAGGAUAUGAUAUGAAUAAAAUUGGACUUGCUGAUUAUUAUAUUGAAAGUGAGCGACUUUCAGAACUGGAAGAUGAAUUAGUCAAGUCUAAGAACACAGACGAUAUUGAACGUACUUUAAAGAAAUUCUCAUCGGAACCACCAAAACACACUGAAAUGGACACUUUAAUUAAGGAAAUUGACAAGUGCUUUGACGGUGAUACAGUUGAGGAAAUUGUAGACAAUCUAAAUCUAGAUGGAAGUGAAUGGGCAAUGAAUAUAGUCAGGUCAAUGAAUAAGAACUCACCGACUAGUCUUAAAGUCUGCCACAAGGAACUGACCCUUGGAAAAUCAAUGUCACUUGACGAUUGCUUAAAAAUGGAAUAUCGACUUGCAAUUCAUCACUUUACAGGCAAGGGAGAUUUCAAUGAAGGCGUUCGUGCAUUAUUAAUUGAUCGUGACAACAAACCACAAUGGGAAUUUAAGGCAUUGCAUGAAGUCACGGACGAAUAUGUUAAUGAGUUCUUCAAACCACUUGACGACCAAAAAGAACUUGCAUUUAAAGACUAGAGAGC